UUUGUAGUUAAAAAAAUUGGCUGAAUUCACAAAAAAUUGAUUUGUACAUUUAGUCUGUGUAAAGUAAGACCUCGUGAUUAUUUUUUUUUUCUGAAAAUGUCGAAUUUUGGACCAUGGGCAUUUUUAACCGCUGGUGUAGUUGGUCUUGUUACAGCAGCUUCUGUUUUAAUUAUAGAUUAUUUCAAACAAGAAAAGCGCAGGAUGAUUAUGUCCCAAGAAUAUAAUAAAUUGUCAGCGGAACUUGCUCAUUUAAGACAGGAAUUAGAUUUAUUGAGGGAACAACAACUAAACAGAAAAUCACAAAAUGGUGGAGUUAUUCGUCGACGUCGAGCCAAAACAAAUGAAACUGCAUCAUCUGUUGGAACAGAAAGUGAUGCAUAUAUAAGUGCGGUUGGAACGGAUUACGAAAGUGAUGAAUUCUAUGAUUUGAGUAGUGACGAGGAAAACGAUUUUGAUGUGAAUAAAUCAAAAUAUAGCGAAUUAGAAAAGAUGUUGGUGGAAUUGGAUCGAAAACUUGAUGGCGAUGAAGAUGACGUGAGAAGUGCUUUAAGAACACUACGUGACUUAUUUACACAGUAUCCAGAGCACACGGGAGUUUAUUGGCGAUUUGCCAAAGCUUGUCACCGUUUAUCGGAAUGCAUUAGUGAUACCAAAGAAAAAUGGAAGUUAAUUGACGAAGGCCUUGAAUAUUGUGAUCGUGCGUUAAAUCAUGAUAAAAGCGCCCAUGCACAUAAAUGGUAUGCCAUAUUAAUUGGUAGUCGAUCCACCUUACAAACAAGUACCAAAGAAAAAAUUAACGAUGGCCAUACAUUUAAAGAACAUUUAGAUAAAGCAUUAAAAAUCGACCCAAAAGACUGGACACUUCAUUACUUAUAUGGUAGAUUUCAAUUUGAGGUUGCUGGUUUAAGUUGGCUAGAGAGGACAGCUGCAUCAACUUUAUUCGCAGAACCACCACAAGGCUCAUAUGAAGAAGCUAUUAAUAGUUUUCAUGAAGCUGAAAAUCUUUCCCCAAAUCCAUGGAAAGAAAAUAGGUUAUUAUUAGGGAAAAGUUAUUUAGCACUUUCAAAUUAUCAACAAGCUGUCAAAUGGUUAAGGAAUGCAAGAGACGCUCCAACAGUUUCCUUAUCUGAUAAAAUUGCAGAUGAAGAAAUCAAUAAGCUUUUAGACAAAUAUGAAUCGUAUAGUAUUUAAAAUAAUUUAUUUUUGAUAAAUAACUUUAGAUAUUUAAUUUAAUUAUUUGCAUUUAAUUUUUAAUGAAGAUGCAUCAGAUAGCAGCAGCAAAUCCUUUAAUUUAAGUAUAAAAAAACACAGGAAUCGACUUUUAUUGGAUGCUUAGAGAUAUAUUUAUUUUUUCAUUUGAAGUUAAAAUAAUUAUGGAGCAGGGAUUUAUUAGGAUUUUUGAGUGUAUAUGUGUGAUUGUGGUUUCUAUGAAAUAUGUAAUAAAAGUACUGACGUCAAUUUUUGAUUAGCCAUUGUACCCAAAAAUAAAGAAAAUGUGAUGGAGUAAA